UGCGCUUGAUGGUUGAAAUCGUUCAAAGGGGUCUUCCAGUAAAGAGCACGUGACUUCUCACUAUUUUUCGGUCCUGUUCUUGUAAUUCAAUACAGAGCCAAAAUAUAACGUGAGACAACUGACCUGUUGAAGAGUUGGGCUGUGUGCAUGUGGGGACUGGACAUUUGGACAUCAGACACUGACCACAAGGAAAACCUACAUUUUCUACGUCUUUCUGGGAAUGAAACAUUAGUUUUAAUAUAAAAUGUGUGAAAUAAUAUUUAGUCGGAUUUUUCUUGGGUUUCCGUUACUUCUCUGGAUCGCAGGUGGGCCUACACAUGCCGCCUGUCCUAUUGAGCUCAACCCUCUCACAUUGGUGGUGAGAUAUGGAGACUCAGUCUCGGUCAACUGCAGCACAACAUCCAUAGACUAUGAGGGGAUGGGCUGGGAGGCCACAUUAGGAGGUACAGCUUUAAAAGAGGUCAACUAUGUCAUCUGGAAUGUGGAGAAUUUGACAGACUGGACAAUACAACCUGUAUGCUACCUCACACAAAAAGAUGGAGAGCAGUGUUUGAAAAAGUUCCCUGUCAUUCUAUACAAGACUCCAGGCAGCGUCUCCGUCUCUCCUCAGAGCCACUCUGGUCCCAUGGUGGAGGGGACAGAGUACCAGCUGCAGUGUGACAUCCAGAACGUCGCUCCUUUACGGAGCCUGGUUGUGAAGUGGUACAAAGGGAAUGAAACUGUAAAAACUGAAACAUUUCAUAACUCCACGAGGAUCCCAGUGGAUGUGUUCUCCACGCUUAACAUCACCCCCAGGAGAUUUGAGGAUGAAGUAAAGUACAGAUGUGAGGCAGAGCUGGACCUGGGACCGAAGGGACCACUAGCCUCUGUCCUCUCAUCACAGACUCUUCAUUUUGCUGUUUACUUCCCACCACAGAACAUUCUGGAGCUGAGGGACACAGAAGUUGAUGUUGGUUCCCCUACUGGGCUGAAUUGCUCCUCAGAUGGGAACCCCCGGCCAGAGUACUCCUGGACUUAUCACCGGGCUCCCAACGUGAAAUUGAGGAACAAUGAUGGGGGGUCCCUACUGACCAUCGAGCAGACCACAGGGGAGAACAUUGGGAAUUACACAUGCCACGCCAGUAAUACACUGGGAAAGGUCUUUAAAAUAGCCAGGGUCUCUGUCAGAGGAGCGGAGCCGGUAUGUCCUAUCAAACUGAUCCCUGAGAGUGUGGUUGUGAAAUAUGGAUCUCCAAUCUCAGUGUCGUGCAGAAACACAACCAGUGUUGAAGAGAUCUACUGGACCACAGGUCCAGAAGUUGUCAAUGACACUACCUGGAGUGUUUUGGAACUCCUAGACUGGGACAUAAGGCCUGGUUGUAAGGCAACCUUUCAGGGGAUUGGAAGAUGCAGUAAGCCUCUGCACAUCACAGUAUACAAGACUCCAGACAGUGUCUCCAUCUCUGUUCUGAGACACUCUGGUCCCAUGGUGGAGGGGACAAAGUACCAGCUGCAGUGUGACAUCCAGAACAUCGCUCCUCUACAGAACCUGGUUGUGAAGUGGUACAAAGGGAAUGAACCCUUAGAUAAUGUAACUUACAAUACUGUCAGUAAGACACCAGUGGAUGUGUCAGAUACUCUGAUGAUCAGCCCCAGUAGAGAUGAUGAUGGAGCUCAGUAUAGAUGUAGAGCAGAACUGGACCUGGGACCAGAGGGACCACAGCAUACAGUGACAUCAGAACCUCUCAGCAUUACUGUACACUAUAAGCCAUGCAUCAAUGCAUCUCGACUGCCGGUGAGGAUACCUGUGUUCAGGGGCUAUCCUGAGGAGUUAGUGUGUGAGGCUGAGGGUUACCCACAGCCCAGGAUAAAGUGGGUCUAUGACCCAGCGAAGCAUGUCAGUGAGGCGGGAGGCAACCUGACUGUCUUUGAGGCAGGGCUCUACAACUGCACCGCCACCAACAUUGUGGAGACGAGCUUCAUUGUGGUAGAGGUGGUUUUAAAUGAGGACUACCUGCCCCUCAUAGCGGGCUUCGUGGCCUUCAUGGUCGUGGUCAUCUCGGUCAUCUUCGUCUUCAUCUACUCCAUCUACUACAAGAACACCAAGAUGGGCCGCUACAGCCUGAAGAAGGCCAAGCUCAGCAGCACGCCCAAUGGCAACGUAGCGCAGAACGGCGGCCGGGACACUCCGCUCCCGAUGACUAAACUGUCUCAGCCAAACAUCAACUUUUAAGAGAACGAGCUUUAUUGGGAUGAGCCACUCUUUCCCCGCUGAGAGACUAAGUGAGAGACCAAGUGGUUGAGGUGGUUGUGGGGCUGGUCACAACUCAUUCAGCUGUCAGAUGCAGGUCUGGAUUGUGAUAGUUGGGAGUGUCUCCUGACUCUCCUCCAACCUCCCUAUGCUUCAUAUGCACUCCCUUUCCUUUUUAGCACUAAGAUUUUAAGUACAGAUCAGUCCCUCUAUUUCCCCUUCUACUGAAGAACCUGAUGAGGUAGAAUAACCUCUGUUUUUAGUGUGAGCUUUAUGAUCUAUUCUACACAUUCAAAGUGUAGCUGAUGUUUUCUCUGAAGGACAAGAAGUGGCAGCGAAUGGACAAGUUGAAAUCCCUCUUUGGAAAUUGGCUUAAUUGAAAUGUAUUUUUUAUAUGACUGGUUUUGGAAAAACUGGUUUGUAUUGCAUAAGCACCAACAAGGACAUUGUUAUGUCAUUUUGAAUGUCUUUUUUUAGUUUGGUCUGAUGACAAUGUAAUUGCUGUCACAUUAUGCAAUUGCUUGAAGAGCAGCACAUGAUUGAAAUUGUGAGAAUGUUCCCUUUGCCUGGAUGUGAUGUCUUGCUCGUGACAAGAAGCUUGGAGUGUAACCUGCAGUACAGUGGAGGCUGCUGAGGGGAGGACGGCUCAUAAUAAUGGCUGGAACUGCGUGAAUGGAAUGGCAUCAAACACAAGGAAACCAUGUUUGAUGUAUUUGAUACCAUUCCACUAAUUCCACUCCAGCCAUUACCACGAGCCCGUCCUCCCCAAUUAAGGUGCUACCAACCUCCUGUGCUACAGUAUAUGCACACAACUUAUUUAGGUUGUGAGCACAAUGAUCACUGAAACCAAUUAAUAUAGCCUACAUGUGAAAAGUAUUAUUUCCCCAGAGUGUGAAUUAUUCCGUGACAUUCAGGGGUCUUUCUUUUUUUCGACUUCCUAAAAAAAGAAAAUUGGUGAGGGGGCCCGAUAGUAAAGAUAUAUUUUUACAGUAAACAUGUGUUACCUUUUAAUGUGGCAUGAACACUAACAGUCAUGAGGUUUUCAUCUGAUUCUCAAACAAAUCACUUCAAAAAGCAUUAAGCUACCUGUGCACUUUUGUCCACAAUAUAAUUCCAGCUUCCAAACAGCCAUUUCACCAAGGGAAAGAGACAUCUGUUAUAAAAGAGACAUCAGAGAGGCAAGACAGGUGGAGAAUGCAUGCGAUUGAAAGAACCUGAACCAGGUUAAACCAGCGGUGAGCUCAUUUAGGGGAGCUCAUGUCUCAUUUGAGGGUCAGAGCUACUCUGUUACUACUCUACACUGUUCCACUGCAUCUGAAGUCUUCAGUGUUUUAACUGCAGCACUGUAAUGCCUGACUGCAUGUGAGUUCUGAAGGUGUGGAAGGGGCAGUUGGUGUGUGGUUGCCUCUUCCUGUAAGCAGAUUGAAUCAAGCCAUUCUUAACAAAUGCAGGAGUCAAGAGAGAGCCUGGAGCUCAAGAGUAAUGUCAAUACUUUUUUAGGUCCCACUGCACAUUGUGGCCUAAAACCUUUGUAAUUACAUGGUAGUUACAUUGUUACAUAGACCUUACAGCUGUUAUACAGUUACAGGCAUGUACAACUUUGUAAUUACAUGGUAGUUACAUUGUUACAUAGUACUUACAGCUGUUAUACCGGUUUGUUGUACAGUUACAGGUAUGUAACUCUUUGUAAUUACAUGGUAGUUACAUUGUUACAUAGUACUUACAGCUGUUAUACCGGUUUGUUAUACAGUUACAGGCAUGUAACACUUUAAUUACAUGGUAGUUACAUUGUUACAUAGUACUUACAGCUGUUAUACCGGUUUGUUAUACGGUUACAGGUAUGUAACUCUUUGUAAUUACAAAGUGCCCAUAUACACUCACUCCUACUGACUGUUAGUCACCUGGCUGUGGCUUGCUAUAUAAAUCAGGCAGACGGGCAUCAAAGCAUAUAAUUAAUGUUCGAUUGAACAUUAGAAUGGGAAAAACGAGUGACCUAAAUGACUUUGAGCAUGGCACACCAAAUCCAGUAUCUCAGAAACGGGCGCCCACGACCCAUCCUGUCUGGUGUCAAGAGUACAGGCUGGUGACGGUGGUGUAUCACCGUCCAAACUGUAGCAACUGCGUGAUGCCAUCGUGUCAGCAUGGACCAACAUCCCUGUGGAACAUUUUUGACUUGUAGAAUCCAUGUCCCGAAUAAUUCAGGCUGUUCUGGAGGCAAAGUGGAUCUGACUCGGAACUAGCUGGGUGUACCUAAUAAACUGGCCAAUGAGUGUAUGUAACUGCAAUGUAAAUGCAUACGUUUUAGGAUACUUCAUGUAAACUCAAAGCCUUUUGUGUAUGUAAUAUAAAAUAUAGAACUGUAUAUUUAAUAAAGUCUGUAAAAAUGAGUGCCUCUACAUUUAAGGGCCCAUAGAGUAUGUGGAGAAUAGAUUGCAAAGGGGGGACUUAUAGGGAAGAAGAGAACCAUUAAUAUUGUACAAAGGGAUGGUCAGUGUAGAUUUUCUACCAAUAUUGGUCCUCUGGUUGUUAGGAGAGUGAGUUUCUCCCCUGAUCCCCUUUCACCACAGUAUGUAGUCUACACAAACGUCUGUGGAGAUCUUUUGUUUCACAAUCUUCUCAUGUAAAUACUCCUGAGUUAAGAAAUUAAUUUGUAUUAAUUUGUAUUAAUCUUUUGUAUAAUAUUGCUUUGAGUUAUCAUUAAAAUAUUGAGUUUUUUAUUAUGAUAA